AUGUUUUCACCAGACGGGACUCGCAUCGCUUCUUGUUCUCGCGAUCACAGCAUCUUAAUAUGGGAUGUACGACAACAAAAGGUUAUAGCAGCUCCACUCGAUGUACAUACGGACUGGGUAUGGUCCGUCGGGUUCUCGCCUGAUGGUGCCCUGCUCGUCUCUGGUUCCAAGGACUGUACCAUUCGUAUCUGGGAUGUUCACACUGGGACUUUGAUAAAGGGUUCACUUACCGGACACACAGAUGCGGUUUACUCGGUCGUGUUCUCGCCCGAUGGGAACCGCAUAGUUUCUGGCUCUGGCGACAAAACAAUUCGCAUUUGGGACGUCCAAUCCGGGGAAACGGUCGUCGGACCUUUGGAGGGACAUUCAGAUUCGGUGUGGUCCAUCUCGAUAUCUCCCGACGGAAGUCGCAUCGCCUCUGGCUCUCGCGAUUUUACCGUCCGUGUAUGGGAUUCCCAAACAGGCGCAAUGAUUGCCGGGCCAUUCCAAGGCCAUUUUUCGCCCGUGUUUUCAGUCUCGUUUUCGCCGGAUGGGAAUCGAAUCAUGUCUGGUGCCCAGAAUGGGGUUGUUUAUAUGUGGGAAGCGCAUACUGGGGUGAUGAUUUUGAAUUUGGCGGGGGCGAAUAGUGCUGUGACUUUUGUUGCUUUUUCGCCCGAGGGCAAGAGGAUUGUGUAUGGGUGUGGGAAUGGGACGGUUGUAGUGCAUAGUUUGAUCGAGUCGCCUCUCAAGGGUGAAGAGGUACCAGAAGGAACGUUGGAAAUCUUGGCGGCUGGCCACAUGUCCAACAACGAGGCGUUUGACCAAAUGAUGCUGCAUGGGUGCACUGAUAUGAGACCCACGAUCGAUCCAGAAGGAUACUCGGAUGGACCCGCUUGUGCAGGCGGAUUCGGCGACGUUUGGAAAGGACGUUUGAUCGGCGGGGUUGAAGUUGCAGUCAAGACGUGGCAAUUUAGCUUUAUGGCCCGAGAAGAUCCAAAACAGUUAAAACAUGUAAUGCAAGAGGUUUGCAGUCGGUUCCGAGUCAAACACGAGAACAUCCAAGAAUUGCUGGGCGUGACGAUGUUUCAAGGGAGGUUGGGCGUGGUAUCUCCUUGGAUGCCAUACAGUGGUUUGCAGGAGUAUAUUCAAAAGAGCCCGGACGUUGAUCGGUACGGUUUGUGCAUUCAAGUUGCGACAGGGCUGUCGUACCUGCAUAGCAAGGGCAUGGUACACGGUGGCCUGAAAGCGGCCAAUAUUCUCGUCUCGACCGACGGAACGCUGAAAAUAAGCAACUUUAACUAUUCAAUCCUGGCCGAGUCUGCAACGGUGAUUUCUCAUACGGCGAACCUUGGUGGAGGAUCGCUUCGGUGGAUGGCUCCCGAACUACUGCCCAGUGCAGACGACGAUUUGGAGCGAGCCGUGAAACGGACAAAGCAGAGUGAUGUGUAUGCGCUUGGAAUGACGCUUUUGGAAAUCAUCACCGAUCGAGUUCCUUACUCGGAGUGCGAAACCGAUCAUGCGUUUUUGUCGCACUUGAGAAGCGGGAACGACCUUGACACCGAUCCUACCCAACCUCUACCUCUCGUCUCUCUCCGCACUCAAACGUGCCUGGCCCAAUCGUCGUUACCCAUCACGCACAUCCUAAGCAUCCUGGAUGCACCGGUCGAUCUGCCGGGAUUCACAGGCUCGCGACUCGUCAUUGUACUCUCGGACAGCGCCGAGUCGGAUCUGCUGUCCCGACUGGACGAGUGCGUCGAGAGUGUGUGUGUCGUCGCAGCGUGCGUGGUGGCUGAUUCGGGUGUGCGGGUGGGAAAGGCGUUGGGAGUGGUCAAGAAGAAGCGAGGGACGAUUCGACCUAAUCCGGGACUGGUGAAACAGCUGGAGAGCUGGUGUUCCCGUUCGAACCGCGGUCGUACCAUACACCUCGAUGGACACGGGCCCGGGCCUGGAGCGCUCGGGCUGGAUGUUGCGUCGGGGUCGUUGCGGGAGUCGGCGGGGAGCGAGGAGAGCGGGUCGGAGAGCGAGUGGGAGGAAGAGGGAAUCGCAUGGCCCUCGCCGCCCAACGAAAAGACGCUGUGUGCGAUGGUGGAGAUGCGGGAUUCGGAGGAGAAGUUUGUUGGACUCGUGGAGCGACUCGUUCAGGUCUACUUGCCCAAGCUGCCCCCGGUCCUCACUGCCUCGGCUACCGCACUUCUGGGGCGGAAUGCAGCCAUGGUCCUCGACCUCCACCGACGGAUUGCGACCGAACUCAAGGCGAACCAGGCGAGUCGGGUGGGGCUGUGCCACGUCCUCUCGUCCUAUGCUCCCGAGCUCACGUCGCUGCACCAAGAGUUUAGCGCUGGACACUCGGCGGCCAAGGCCUUGCUCAACCGCGCACAGGCCAAGGAUCCGGUGCUCUGGUCCCAGUGGGAACGGGAGCGUGCGGACGAGUCGGGUCCCGAGCCAGACGGAAGCCGUCCACGCUCGCUCGAGGAUCUGCUCAUUGCCCCCAUCCAGCGCGUGUGCAGAUACCAUCUCCUUGUCGCUGGCUUACGCGAUGGCACAGAGGAGCCACAUGUCACAGACGCUGUCCUUGCCAUGCAGGCCGUCGCUGCCUCGGUCGAUGAGAUUGUCCGUGUCCGUGCCGACGAGGACCGCACAAAGGUCGUUCUCGACCGCAUGGAUCCCAUUCCGAAUCUGCCUGCUGGCUAUCUUGCCUCGCUCGGUCCCUGUCUGCUUAUUGGCACACUCGACGUCAUCUACUACGAGGCUCCCACCAAGCCCCCGCUCGUCACUGCCAACUCCCAUUCCUCCCAGCUCACCGUCACCUCGUCUGCCGCAUCCACCUCUCGUCCCCUCCAUCUGCCCUCGUAUCUGGCAAACCCCAAAAGGCCAAACACCUCGCCGCAUUCCUCUGGACCGGCUAUCUGGUCCUGUGCAAAGUACACACCAAACGAGUCAGCAGCCACAGCCACAGCCACAGCCCCAGCAACAGCAGCAGCUCGCCUUGCCUGUCAUCCAGCAGCUGCAGAACAAAAAGUCCUACGGCCACAUCCGAACCAAGUCCCACUCACAGGCUCAGGUCCAAACUCCACCCAAUCCACCCUCGACGAACAACCACCCACGCUCGGCCUCGGCCACGUCCAAGUCCAGCCCAGCGACCAAGUCUUUCCCUAUGGCAUCCGCAUCAACUUUUCCCGCCACGUCUUUGAGCUCGGUGCCUCGUGCGAGGAAGAGCGCGACAUUUGGGUCCGGGAGCUCGUCGCUGCCCGCGUCGGCAACGAGCUCGUUUUGGCAUCCGACAAGGACAAGGACAGGGGUCGUGGGGUCACACGGUCCAAGAGCGCAGGUGCUGUUGCCCCCUCUGAAGACACGAGCAAGGCCCUGGUCAGGGGAUGGAGCGAUGGAGCGAGUACCAGGACGAGGGAAAAAAGUCUCGAGAGGGGUGCCCUUGCCGUUCGCGAAAGGAGCAAGAGCCGGGAGAGGGGUGCCUUGAGUGCGCGGGACAAGAGCCGCGAGCGAGGGGGUGCAUUCUCUGAUCAGCGAAGCCGGGAACAGAGCCGGGACCCGGACGACCGCUCGACUAUACGAGACGACCGGUCCACGACUACCACCCGAGAAGACAAACCCCUCCCGCCCCAUCCGCCCCCCGAAAAACCUCCACCCCAGCGGAAAAAAUCGACCGGGGUGCUCGUACCGCAAGACGGCCCCGUGCAGAUCGGGAAUUGGAUCGUCCAGCGGCUCGAGACGGUGUCCACGCCCAGCGGGAGCAUUACUGCUGCCCCCAGCUCCCAUGCCCGCAGUCCGAGCGAGUCGCUGGGACGAAACGCGAGCGAGGGCACCGGCUCGGGGAUAUACGCAAACCCCCACGCACCGAGCUCGUACUCGAACCCCCACUCGUAUUCGACCCCCCACGCGCCCACCUCGUACUCGAACCCCCACACGCCCCUGCACCCGAGCCCCACAGUUCCCUCGUCCUACUCGAACCCGCACACACCCGCCACCUACUCGAACCCGCUCUCCCCCCCGGCAUCAUCAUCCUCGAUCCACUCGAGUCCGCCCUCGUCGUUCCCGGCCGAACGUCUGCUCCCGCACAUCACCGGCUCGUCCACUUGGCACACAUCGUCAGAGGGAACGGGUAUCGGCGAGAGGCUGGAGAAUGUAUUUUUGAGACCGAGGUAUGGGCAUGGUCAUAGUCAUGGGUACGGGUAUGGAUACGCUGCUGCUGCUGCUCCUAGUCCCCACCCACAAGGGUCGUAUGCGCAGCCUGGGUACGUCGGACCGGGCGGACAGGCAUCUUAUGCGGGACCCAACGGACAGCCGGUGUACAUUUCACCCAACGGACAAUACGUCGGGCCGGGCGGUGGCGGGUACGUCGGUCCCACUGCGUACGGGCUCAGCCGCGAGUCGAGCCAGUCUUCGUCCUCGUCGACGUAUAGCACGCCUUCGACCGUCACGCCCACGAGUUAUCCCAGGUCAGAGGCCCCGUCGGGGUAUGCCCGAUCAGAGGCUCCUUCUGCGUACGCUCGCUCCGAGGCUCAUUCCAACUAUGCCCGCUCCGAGGCCAACUCGAGUUAUGCUCGUUCUGAAGGACACGGCGGUUAUGUGCGAUCGGAUGCUUCCUCGACGGCCGUGCCUUUGGGAUACGCUCGUUCGGAAGCUCCGUCCAAUUAUUCUCGAUCUGAAGCGCCGUCCAACUAUGCUCCCUCGAAUUACCCGCGAUCCGACUAUGCGCCCUCGAUCAACGCACCCUCGAGCUCGAGCUCGUCUACGCCGUACGGCUCCCAAGUCUCCACUCCCGCAGGACACGGCCCCAACUUUGCCACCAGCUCGUACGCCCCUCGGUUCCAAACGCGUUCGCGCGCCAACGAAUCGACCUUGGCCGCCAACGUCGAGCGCGCGUUUGGUGUUGCCCCCGCCAACGGAGUCGGCGCAGACGUGCACCGGACGAACAGUUCUAGCACGGACAGGUCGAGGUCGUUCCCGCCUUCUCCGGUUACCACUGCCCAGCCCACUUUGCCCGCUCCUGUUCAGCCUGCCGCACCUCAACAACAACCACUCGCACCCCAACCGUUUGUUCGUCGCCCGUCGAACAACACGCGCGACCCGGUGAUUAUGGCCCUCUCGGAUGUGAUCUCGUCUACGUGCCGCGAAGCCCGGGACCGCGCGAGCGUCAAGCGCAAGCCGUUGUGGAUGACGCCCGAGGAAGCGAGCGCCGCGGCGGAAAAGGAAAGGAAAAGGCUGCGAACGGGAUGA